AUGAACGACUAUCCAAUGGACGCGGCGCCGCAGUCGCUCUCGGAGCUGCUGCAGCAGUCCAAAAAGCUCACCAACCAUCUCGGGCGCUCGGACCUGCCCCAGAUCCAGCUUGGCCUCGACCAGAUCGAGAAUCAGAGUCGCAAGCUCGUCUCCAAGAGCCUUCGCUCCGGAUCCACCCAGCCCGCCGAUGCGCGCGCUCACUACUUUCUCGCCAACGGAGGCAUCGAUGCCGCUCAGCUCGCCGACACCAUCAAUGCGGCCAACAUCGCGAGCACCUUUGAACCUCUCCAGCCCAUCUACGACACGGAUGUGGAAAGCUACCUCACCCACGAGCACCAGCAGGUCGUCAUCAGCGCCAUCGAGCAGGGAAGGCGUGAGACGCUCCAGGACUUCCACCGCAACCUCGACCGCACCAUGCACCGCGACUGGGAGAGGCAGAAGCGCAAGAUCUUUGAAGAGCUCGGUCAACACCAGCCCGCCAGUGCUGCCGGUCGCGAUGCGGAUCUCGAUGCAUCCGCCUCUGGCUUCGGCGCCUCCACUUCGGCCCACACGCUGCCGUCGUCGUCGAGCACCAUGCUCGGCUCCAAUGCCACCUCCCAGAUGCACGGCAAGAUGGCGCGCUACCUCAUGGUGGUGUCCAGGCUCAACUCGUCCCGACUCGAAGGAUACAACCUUGCUCUGGCACAUGCGUUCAUCGAUGCCAUCUCCGGCCUGGGCGAGGAGUCCAAGAACAAGGAGCUCGUCGAGAGCUGGAAGGCGCUCGCCUCGAUGGUGCGCGAGCAAGACGUGCGCAACGGCGAGUUCGGCGCCAGGCUCAUCAAGGAGCGCCAGUAUGCGCCUGCCUAUGUCGACCUCAAGGCAUGGAACGGCACCGACGGCAUCCACCUGCGCAAGGAGCUCCUCCAAGGCUCCAAGGCGUUUUUGGAGAAGGAGUUCGAGGAGCACAUGGAGCAGGUGAUUGCCGCCAACCCCGUCAUCGCGCAACGCGGCGGAGCGCCCACGGUGCGAUCGACGGUGAGCGCAUUCCUGCGUGUGCAGCAUCUGAGCUCGCAGAACCAGUGGCGAUCGGACCUGGCCAAGGAGCUCGAUGCGUCGACCAACGUGCCGAUCUGGGCGGAGCUCUACCUGCUGCUGCGCAUCGGCAAGUCCAAGGAGGCGCUCGAGUGUGCGUCGGAGAACGAGAACCGCAUCCGCUCCACCGACCCUUCGUUCCUGGCGUACCUCAAGGCGUGGGUGGACUCGCCCGAGCGUCGGCUGCCGCGUCUGCUCAAGGACCGCUUCGUGGCCGAGUACAACUCUCGCUUCCGCACGCUGCCCGAGGUGCACGACCCGUACAAGCUGGGACUGUACAAGCUGAUCGGGCGCAUCGACGUGGCCAAGAAGUACCCUGCGCUGCUCACGUCGAGCAUCCAGAACUGGCUGUGGCUGCAGCUGAGCAUGGUGCGCGAGACGUACGACGAAGAUGCGGAUGCGCAGGACUCGGUGCGCGACCGCUUCACGCUCGCCGACCUGGGACACAAGGUGGAGAAGUUUGGCGAGGCCUACUUUGACCCCAAGGGCAACCGGCCGCUGUUCUACUUCCGACUUUUGCUGCUGUGCGGCCAGUUUGAAAAGGCGGUGGGCUUCCUGUUUUCGCGCUCGGCACACCAGGUGGACGCGAUCCACUUUGGCGUGGUGCUGGCGUACUAUGGCCUGCUGCGUGUGCCGUCGCAGGCGGCGUCGUCGCAGGUCGAGUAUCUGGUGGUCGAGUCGGACGCGCAGGGCGGGAGCGUUGCGUCGAUCGAUUUCGCCAAGCUGGUGCAGCGGUACGUGCGCACCUUUUCGCAGUCGUCGCGCCGCGAUGCGCUGCAGUACCUGUACCUGAUCUGCCUGCACGCGGAUGUGGCGGAGCCGGUGGGGUCGGAGCAGGUGCGUCGGUGCCACGAUCUCAUCCGUGCGCUGGUGCUCGAGGCGCACCCGACCGAGUUCCAGGAGCUGCUGGGCGACGUGCGCACCAACGGCGCCAAGACGGCGGGCUUGAUCGAACGCAACCUGCCGCUGAUCAAGAUCAAGAACGAGCGCGAGUUCCUGUCGACGAUCGUGCAGGUGGCGGCGACGCAGUGCGACUUGGCGCAUCGCACCGAGUCGGCGAUCCUGCUGUACAACCUGGCGGGCCAGCACGACACGGUGGUGGCUGUGCUCAACAAGGAGCUGGGCGCGCGGCUGAUGGAGCCGAGCAGCGCAUCCGAGUGGAAGAGCGACGGCCUGUCGUCGGGCGCGUCGUUCUCGGCGGCGAGCAACGUGGUGACGCUGGCGACGGCGAUUCUGUCGACGUACGAGAAGCAGUACGGCUAUGCGGGCAAGAACCGCGACACGUGCCGGCGGCUGCUGGAGCUCAAGAAGGCGGUGGGACUGCAGAGCGAGGGCCGACAUCUGGAGGCGCUGCAGACGAUCGAGGCGCUGCGGAUCCUGCCGCUGGAUGGCGAGUCGCGCAAGGACGUGGUGGCGAUCACGCGCAAGGCGGAGGAGUUCAAGGAGGUGGACGAGAACAUUGCGCGCAACUUUUCCGAGAUUGUGCUCAUGACCAUGACCAUGCUGUACAAGCUGCAUCAGGAGCUCAAGGAGAGCAUCCACCGCAGCGGCACGAGCGCCAUGGACGAGUACCGUGCGCAGGCGCGCGCGCUCAUGAUGUGGGCGGGCAUGCUGCGCUUCCGCAUGAGCAGCGAGACGUACAGCCAGCUCACGCGACUCGACGUGUUUAUCCACUGA